GCCAGUACAAGCAAUUCAGCUAAUAGUUUAACUAGCACUUCAAAAAAGAUGAAGAUUUCUGAUAUCUCAACUGGCAUAGAACAAUCAAAACGAUUGAUAUUUAGAUCUCAAAAUGAAUUAGAACAACCUAAACAAUUGAUUUCUAAACAAUCUGCUUUACCUAUUUCACCUGCUAGACCACCUUUUAAUAUAGAACCAUUUAUAAUAACUCCACUUUCCCCUCCUGAAGUGGUUAUAUUUCCUCGUUCUGUAGCUGAAUUAACAAGUGAACAAGAUGAAA